UAACACGCAUCGCAUAUAAAAUAGCAUCGCGAAUUUUGUACCCUACAUUUUAACGUAUUCAAACUCAGCGAAGCAUAUUCACCUGUAACGAAACCACAAAUCUUCUCGUCGUAUUAUAUAUACUUCUAAAAGCUUGUCAUUGGCAAUCAUUGUGCUCGAGAAUAGAUUGAGGAGAUAGGCACUUCUUGUUCUCUGCGAUACUUUGAGCCCGGACUUUGAGCACGCUUUGAGAAACCGCCGUGUCACUUUAUCGUUCUGUCCAAUAUUCCCACUGAUUUUUCAUCCACCGACGACAGGUAAAAAGUGAAAACUUUGAACCAUCAGGCAGACUUAUACCAGAAGAAUUCGUGUUAACCUUUCUGAGUUGUGACACGACAAGGAAUUACAUUCUUACAGUUUCGACACUAUGGAGAGUGGAAAGUCAUCAAAGGUCUCUGGAAUUAUCAAUACUGUUUCUCAUCUUGUUUUGAAGGAUAAACGAGCGAUCGAGAUGGGGAAAGAUCAUGCUGACAAAAUUGAGAACUGUUCAAAGCCAAAUCCCAUGGUACGCUAUGUCAUACGUCGAGGAAAGGUUGAAGACUGUUCUCAGAUCUCAGUACUUAUGAGGAAACUCGCAGAGAGUGAAGAUUAUGGAGAUCGGGUAGAAGUCUCUGAAGAUGAUCUUCGUCGAGAUGGGUUUGGCGAUAACCCUGUAUUCGAGAGCAUCGUCUUAGAAGACAAAGAGGCCAACGAGGAAUCGUCCAUCUUGGGUUAUGCCCUCUAUUUCAUGGGCUUCUGCUCAUGGAAGGGACGUCUUCUCUAUCUUGAGGAUGUCUACAUCAACUCAGAGUACAGAGGUACUGGGCUCGGCAUCGCUCUUCUACAUACAAUAGCCAAGAUUUCUGAGGAGAGAGGAUGCAAAGCUGUACAGGGUACUGUCGUUGAAUGGAACAAGGAUGUCAUGAAGCUGUAUAAACGGAUAGGCGCCACGGAUAUGACCGAAGAGGACAAAUAUCACCUAUUUGCCAUCGGCCGAAACGAGGUUAGCCGGUUUGCCAAGGCCCGGAUCCCUGUCUUGAAUAACGGAUCACAAAUUGUGACAUGUGACCUGUGACACUAUAUUGGAACUUAAAUUCUCGUAUUUCGGUUCGGAUUGUCAUGGUAGCGAACAGUGACACCGGUUCUUUUAUAACCGCGCACUCUAUACCAGAUAACCGAUUUGAACCGAACAUCUGAGCCAAAGCGCUGUGAUUUGCUAUGACGGAUUUUGUUCGGGUGUGCCGCCGACAUAUCAUGCCAACGAGGGAUAGGUGUCGUGGAAUCGGAUACCGGCACUCGGUCAUUAUACGAGACCGGUUUCCCGAUUGGACCGUCAAAUGCGCGUUUGAGUGACGUUAAAAGUAGACAAUCUGAAUGGAGAUUGUUAAAGAAUGGACUGCAGAGAAAGAGCUAUAUCCCGGUCCCGGAUCUAGGUGAAAUCACCGGAUUUGACUACAUCGGUUCUGAAACGAUAGCGUUCCCAUUCCCGCACGGAGUUGUAUUUUAAUUGAUAUGUAACCAAGUUGGGUUGAUUGUCAUUAAAACCCGGCUCAUCUCAGUCAGAAUUACGAUCAAGAACAGUAAGCCUUGUCGGGAAUCAAAUAUGUUGACCGUAACGUGUCAUCUAUACAAAUAAAACAACAAAAGUACGGAUCAUUGAUUACAACAGCAUUUUUUUAAUCACUUGCUUCACAAUUUCAUAAUUAUUAGCAUUUUAGCUUGCUUAGUGUCAUAGAGUGAUUAAUUCUCUGAUAUAGAUCAAGAUUUUUUAUAUUUGCUUUACAAAAAAAUGGAGAGUUGUCCCCAAAAUCAGCCAUUUUGAAGCAAGUUUGCCAAUUUGAGGAUCCCCAUACAAAGUACAAUAUGACUUUUUAAACGUCCCUAACUUGCUUAUUUCAAAACCGAUUUUGAUGAAACGUGUUGUAUAUUGAUCCUCUCAUUUUACUCUUUCCAAUGAGAUUGCUUUUCUUCUUGGCUUUUUGGUUUCCUUCAAGAGGAUAGUGUUUUCCAAAACAGUUCUGCGCGGAAACAGAUGAGGAAGUUGAAACUUGAAAAAAGAGAGCGCGGUAUUUUGUAGUUCAGUCGCAGAAUAUGGUCCGUACUCUGCACUUUGUCAAAAGUAUAUAUGUUAAUAUACAAAAGCUCCUGCAAGGGGUAGGCCUAUAGGCUCUAAAUUUUACGGAUUUCGAUUAAAUUACAUUAUGGUUAGUGACCAAACUAAUGCUGGAUAUUCAAAGAAAAUUAAGGGUAAACAAAUAAUUGUUUCUAUCAUAAUCAACAAAGUUCUAUAUACAGUCUUAAUAGGCUAACCGAAAGGCCUCAUCUACCUAUAUCUGGCCAGGUUCAUUUCCCAUACUGCAACAUUUUCAGCAGUGUAGUCUUUGAUACAGGCCCACUUAAACUGUAACCUACUAAUUCACUACUAAAUACAUUCAUAUUACAAUAAUUGUUACCAAACUGGUACAUUCUCCUCUCAAAUACAAUUAAAUGAAAAUACAAAUGAGUAAUAAAAUGAAAUUAUACGCUAGUAGAUCAUCUGUUUUACUACACUAAUAAGUUUGUAAAAAGAUAUAUUUGAAGACUAGCCAAUUAGAACAUACAGUCUAUGAGAGAUAACACAAAUGUUGUUCAGUUCGCUCCCCUUUGAAUUAAGAUGAAUGUUGUAAAGACUUACCAAUGAUGAUGUAAAUAAUUAUUUAUUCAUAGCCAUACCAUUUUACACGGGUUCUACUCGUGACAUUUUGUAUAUGCAUGAAUGUUGUAUAUUAUGUGUAUCUUGUAGAUUAUUUAUUGAAAUGUCUAUAUAUUUUAUUUUUAAGACAAUGCAAAUAAAUAAUAAAA